GUGUUCACUGUCUUUCUCGGUGCUUUACUAAAGACCAGUAAGGAUGGGAGGACUACUGCUUGUCCUGUGCUUGACGAUUGCUGCUGUAUCUGCGGCACCUACAGAGACAGACUCUGGCCCUGUUGUCGCUUUGAAGCUGGGCAGUGUCCAUGGCCAGUACAUUACAGUGAAAGGCUCAGACAAAGUAGUGGAACAGUAUCUGGCCAUUCCUUUUGCUCAGCCACCCUUGGGACCUCUGCGUUUGGCUGCACCCCAACCUGCUGAACCAUGGGAGGGAGUGAGAGAUGCCACAAAGCACCCUAAUAUAUGUCUUCAGGAUAUUGACAGCAUGCACUCUGUGUCAGAAAUCAUGGCCUUUAAUUUCACAACCACUGCUGUCUCAGAAGACUGUCUGUACCUGAAUGUGUACACUCCCUCUCAGCGCUCAGCAGCAGAAAAAUUACCUGUCAUGUUCUGGAUUCAUGGAGGAGGUCUGCAUAUGGGUGGAGCCACUGAGUAUGAUGGAUCUGUACUGGCAGCCUAUGAGAACAUAGUUGUCGUUGUUAUUCAGUACAGACUUGGUUUUCUUGGUUUCUUCAGCACUGGAGAUAAGCACGCCCAAGGAAACUGGGGCUUCCUGGACCAGAUAGAAGCUCUAAAGUGGGUGCAGCAGAACAUUGAGAGUUUUGGUGGAGAUCCCCAGUCGGUCACUAUUGCUGGGGAAUCUGCAGGAGGAAUCAGUGCCUCCAUGCUGACCCUGUCUCCACUAGCUAAAGGACUAUUUCAACGAGCCCUCUUUCAGAGUGGGACUGCAACUUUGGGAACUUACUCAACCAAACACCCUAUGGUCACUGGCAGGAUGGUAGCAAAUGUCACAGAGUGUGAUAGCAGCUCUACGGAACUGUUGGUCAAAUGUUUGAGAGGAAAGACAAAAGACGAUAUCAUAAAAGCAAUCAAAAAGAAACAAAUCUUCCUUGGAGCAACAGUGGAUGGGGAAUUUCUUACAGGUGUGCCGGAGGAGGUUUUAAAGAGCAAAGAUUUUCAAAAAGUUCCAGUUCUUUUAGGCGUAACAAACCAUGAAUUCGGGUGGAUUCUACCUCUAACCUUUGCUCCUCCAGGAUGGGAAAAAGGAAUGGAUAGACAGUCGGUUACUGCAGUUAUGGCCAAGUUUUUCCCACAGGGGGUCUCCGGAUCCAAUGACCUUUUGAUGAAUGAAUAUCUAAAAGAUGCCAAAACUCCAGAAGACAUUCGAGAUGGCUUUACUGAGAUGGUGGGAGAUCUUUUCAUGGUGUUACCCAUCAUAAAAGAAGCUGGUUAUCAUAGAGAUGCUGGAGCACAUGUGUACAUGUAUGAGUUUCAGCACCGUCCCAGUGUUUUUAAAGAUCUCAGACCCAGCUUUGUAAAGGCUGAUCAUGCAGAUGAUGUUGGGUUUGUAUUUGGAGCUUGCUUUUGGAUGGGCCAUAUCAAAGUGAUAGGCACAACAACUGAGGAGGAGAAUCAACUGUGUAAAACUGUAAUGAAAUACUGGGCCAACUUUGUUCGUACAGGCUCACCCAAUGGACCCGGUCUGGUACACUGGCCUGCCUAUGACGAAUCUAAUAAAUAUAUGAAACUUGGUUUGGAGCAGACAGAAGGACAAGGGCUCAAACAGGACAAGGUGGACUUUUUAAAUGUUGAGCUGCCUCGGAAGAUCGCUUCACUGCACACAACCUAAAAGAUUUUUGAACAGUCAAGUCACAUUAUAAGCAGCUUCCUAAACGCCUACAUGUGUGUCUUUGUAUUUCUGACUGACAAUGUAACUGCACUUAACCCAUUUAAUCCCACAGGUCAGUGUUUAUCAGACAUUCUGUUUUUGAUCUAGUGCUUGUUAUUAAAUGCCAAGUUAGGAUUACAUUUAGAAA